AUGUCUGAAUCAGUGGAUGAUAUAUUAAAGGGCAUCUCGGCAUCACUUCAGUCUACCAAGACUACCGUAGACGAGCUUGUUUCUGGUGUCCAAAACGAAGAGAGCUCAUAUCCCCAAAUCAUCCAGUCAUUGUUGAGCAAGUCUUCACAGCAGAAAGUCGAGGGUAUGUCCCUUUUGGCACUCAAGAAUAAUUCCUUGGUGUCCUACUUGAACAACCUUGCCUUGAUAGUGUUGGCCCAGUUGGAGAGAUUAGAAUCUCACGAUAUCAGCGACAUUGAAAAGAUUAGAGAAGAUAUCAUUAAGCGUACCAUAGUCCAGAGAGUGACCUUGGAGAAAGGUGUUAAGCCUUUGGAAAAGAAGUUGACAUACCAGUUAGACAAAAUGGUGAGGUCGUACACGAGAAUGGAAGCUGACGAAACCAAGUUGGAAGAGAAGUUGAAGAGCAAACAGGAAAAUGGCCAGGAAGGUGAAGUGAGCGACGGAUCAGACUCUUCAGAAGACGAAGAUGCCUUAUCUUACAGGCCCGAUGCCGCGGCCUUGGCCAAGAUGGCACCCAAGAGUUCUAGAAGCAAGCCCAAGUCUCGUGACGGGGACGAAGAGUCGAACGAAAAGUAUAAACCUCCCAAGAUCUCUGCCGUUGCACCACCCACAGCUCCACAGCGUGAUCCAGAUGCCAAAGAAAAAGAAGACAAGAACAGAAAAUUACAGAGUAUGGAAGAAUACUUGCGCGAGCAGUCUGACUUGCCUCUGGUGGAGUCAUCGAUUGGUUCUACUAUUGUAGACCAUGGUAGAGGAGGUGUCAAGACCCAGCAUGACAAGCAGAAGGAACAGGAAGUCCAGAGAUACGAAGAAAGCAACUUUGUCAGAUUGCCCCAGAACCAGACCAAGAAGUCGUUCAAGCAGAGACGGAGAGACAUGGCCAACACCUUUGGUGGGGAGGACUGGUCUAUGUUCAGUGAGACUAACUCCCGUAAUGUCAGCAGUGGUACUUCUAGAAAGAGAAAGGCGGGCAGUGUGUGGGACAAAGUGAAGAAGAGACAAGGUUAA